CAAGUGGAGGGUAAAAACCAAAAUCAAGUCAGCCAUUUCCCUCAAAUCCUCAAAAAAUGUCCAUUUUCAAUGGUGCAAACUUGCCUCAAGAACUCUUAAUCAACAUUUUUAGCAGAUUACCUGUAAAAUCCAUAGGCCAAUUAAGGUGUGUAUCAAAUCCAUUAAAUUCUCUUCUUUCUGAUGAACAUUUCCUCAAAACUCACUUCACAAAUCACUUUCAAGAACCUGAAAAAAUCAUUCUGUUAUCAAAUUCUCACAUUUUUCACACUAUAACCUUCAAUAAAAAUUGUAUCUUUAUAAAUUCCAUCAAUUUUAAGCAAACCCCAAGUGACCAAUUUGUUGAAAUUUGUGGUUCUUGCAAUGGGUUGGUUUUAAUUUUGAAUAAAGAUGGCACUAAAGUUGUAAUAAACCCCAUAACCUUAGAUUUCAAGAUAAUCCCAAAUUCCCCUUUAGCUCUUGAACCAUAUGGUAGUUUUAGUAUGCAUGGAUUUGGAUAUGAUUAUGUUAAUGAUGAUUACAAGAUUGUUAUGAUCUCUAGAUAUGACCAUGAUAAUGAAGUUGAACCUGAUAUUUUAGACAUGUUUAUGGAUAUUUAUUCAUUAAAAAAUGGAUCUUGGAAGAGAAUUAAGAGUUCACCUUAUGAUCAUGCUGUUCCUGAGCAUGCUAAUGGUGUUUUUGUGAAUGGUGCUUUGCAUUGGUUAGCUAGUAAAAAGCCAGAUUAUUCAUCUGUUAUUGGUGCAUUUGUGUUAAGUGAUGAGGAAUUUGUUGAAGUGCCAGCUCCUAGUAGUCUUGAUAAAGAUAAAUUUGUGUUCAAUAAACUUGUGGUUCUUAAGGGUUGUCUUUGUAUGGUUGAUAAUGUUGAGGGUAAUAGAGUUGAUAUUUGGAUGAUGAAAGAUUAUGGUGUGGAGGAAUCUUGGACAAAGUUUUGUGUUGAUGGAAUUGAUUUUUAUGACUUUUUGAAACCUUUGUGUUUUAUGAGAGAUGAUGAAGUUGUGUUGAAUGUGGAUGGGGAGAAGUUGAUGGUUUAUAAUUUGGAAGAAGAGGAAUCAAGGGACUUGGAAGUUGAUGGACUUCCUGAUAGUUUUGAAAGUGCGGGAACUUUUGUGGAGAGUCUGGUAUCUCCGGCGGACCCCAACUUGUUUGGGAUUGAGGCGUAGUAGUUGUUGUUGUAGUCUCGUAAGGACAAGUGAAAUGAGGAGACUAACGAAGAGUGUGGUGGAUUGGUACAAGUUCUUUCAACUUUAAUCAGAGGUAUUGAGUUCGAGCCUUCGGAAUGGAAUCCUCCUCGGUAAGGAACACUAUAAUCUCCUAGUGGACUUUUUACGGUGUAAAUCUGAAUUAGUUGGUCCAUUCACUGAAUGCUCGAAGGAAAAAAGAAGUUUUUUUAGGAGUAUUUAAUCUUGAUGUUUUAUAUUGUAUACGAGUAGGACUUUAUCAUUUCUUCAUUUGUAGUGUGGGAACUUUUGUGGAGAGUCCGUCAUUUUCCAAAUUUCACACAAGGGAAAUGAUGUAUAUAUAACAUGUUAUGGAGUAUUUGAACAUUGAUUCGUUGAUGUUUUAGAUUGUAUACAAGUAGCACUUGUCUUUUA